AUGGCUUUACAUAUACUCUUCGUUCUCUUUUCUUAUGUGCUUUUAACGCAAGCGGUUGAAGGAAACACUGAUGUGAGAUUUACUGAAUUUGACUGUGUUGAUAUAUACAAACAACCAGCUUUCAAACAUCCAUUGCUGAAACACCAUAAGAUUCCGGAAACUUUCAAUUUGGAUGCAGAUCUUGAUAGAAAAAGUGAAUAUAAAACGAAUUAUCAAAGUUGUUCAAAAGGAACAGUGCCAAUCUUAAAACAAAGAAACGAAACUAAGAGCGUUCAUCUUGACACAGUCGAGUAUCCAGGGCAACAUUUUGCAACAAUCGAGACCGUUUUGGAUGGGAGCAUCUAUCGAGGAGCAGAAGCUAAUAUAAGUCUUCAUAGCUUAACUCUGCAGAAUAACCAGUAUAGUAAAAGUCAAAUAUGGUUAGAGAAUGGACCUCGUAAUGAACUCAAUAGCAUUCAAGUUGGUUGGGCAGUACAUCCAAGAUUGUAUGGUGACAGUCGCACGAGAUUUACAAUAUAUUGGACCGCGGAUGGUUACAAAAAGUCAGGAUGCUACAACAUACAGUGUCCUGGCUUUAUUAUUGUAACUCGAAUUCCGUGGAUUGGAAUAGCGUUUCCUAGAACAUCUAUCUAUGGUAGUAAUAAGUCAUUUACUUUCACUCCACAAGUAUUCCAGGAUGGCUUCAGCGGACACUGGGCAUUAAAAAUAUUUAAUGAAGUAAUUGGUUAUUGGCCCAAAGAAUUAUUGACACAUUUAAAUGAAGGAGCAUCUUUAAUACGUUUUGGAGGAAAUUCCUUUAUGUCUCCGGAUGGAGUCAGUCCUCCAAUGGGAAAUGGACAUUUUCCGGUUAUUGACUUUCAGAAAAGUUCAUUUUUUUUGCAUGUGAAAGUUAGGAACUCUAACAAUCAAUUACUUGAUAUUGAAGACAGGAAAACAAGACGUUAUUCAGAUUCGCUCCAGUGUUAUAGAUUAACGUAUUGGGGUUAUUCCAAGCCAAACGGAGUAUCAUUCUCCUUUGGAGGUCCGGGUGGAGACUGUGGUACUUGAUGAU